AUGCCUCAGUUCCGCCCCGGCCAAAGCAUCGUCUACCGCCCCGUCGGAGGCCCCGACUCCAUGACCUCCGACACCAUCGGGACCAUCACAGGCGUCCUCACCCACGACGGCAAGCAGGCCGGCCGAAACGUCGCGGCAAGCGAUGACGAGCCGCGCUACGAGGUCGAGAACCAGAAUACGGGCAAGCUGACGAGCAUCAAGGAGGCGAAUAUCCUGCAGCCGUUGUAG